UGAGCGGCAGCAGUGAGGCGUUCAGGGCCGUGUCCGUGCAUCGGAUAAAUCAGUAGGUAAAAGCGUGGACGCUGGGUGAAAGCGUCAACAUGAACGGGACCGCGUACUCCAACUUCGACAACCAGGAACACGUCCUGAAACUGGGGGAGACGUUCGAGAAGCACCCGAAGAGCGGCUUCCACACGGUGCGCUAUGAUUUCAAACCGGCCUCCAUUGACACAGCGUGUGAAGGGGAGCUUGAAGUGGGCAAAGGGGAGCAAGUCACUAUAACUUUGCCCAAUUUAGAGGGUUCAAGUGCUCCAGUAACAGUCUUCAAGGGCUCCAAGAGGCCGUACAUGAAAGAGUGCAUCCUCAUCGUGAACCAUGACACAGGAGAAUAUAGACUGGAGAAACUCAACAGCAACAUAGCUGUGAAGAAAACCAGGGCUGAAGGCAGUAGCAAGAUCCAUUCUCGCAUGGAGCAACAGACCAGUCGUCUGAGCCAGCAGAUGAGGAGCAACAACAACAAAGACAACGGCAGUAACAAAACCUCAGCCAGCUCCAAGAGUUCACCUCCCAAAGAGAAGACGGGCCCGGCCUCUCCCAUGGACGACAUUGAGAGAGAACUGAUGGCAGAGGCACAGGUCAUGGACCAGCUGAGCAGCGGAGACAGCUCCUCAGACUCCAACAGCUCAUCUUCCAGCAGCGACGGCAGCUCCAGCAGCAGCGACUCAGAAGACGAACGUACUUCUGCGCCGCCCCCGGCCCCGGCCAACCACAGCAUGCCGAUCAUCAACACCAGCAGUCGCCACCAGGAGAGUGGCGGACUUAUGAACACACUCAAGAGCGACCUCCAGCUGAGUGAGUCGGGCAGUGAAAGUGAUUGACCCACGUGAGCACGUUUGCCGACCUGUGGCCAUCGGGAGGAUUUUCAGUGACGAGUAAAGGAACCAGGCGGGGACCUGUUUCUGUCACUGCUUCCUUUAGCGUGUGCCUGUCUUCUCCACAUAUCCACGACUCUGCUGGCGAACACUGUACAAUUUGUUGCUUCUCUGCCAACAAACUUCAAGGUUUAUUGUUUAUUUCUUGCUUCCUUAUCUGUUUCUUUUGUAUGAAGAUCGUGUUGUGAGGUGUCUUAGUUCGGAGAGAUGUGAUGUGGUCGGUGCAGGAGAAGCAGUAAACUAUGCAUAAUGUUUAAUCUCAGUGGAUGAAGAUGUGUUUAAUCAGAGACAGAAAAUAUUCCUGUUGUGUAGAUGGAUGUUUCUGACCAUUAAUCAGUUGCCUUAAACCGCCACUGUAUCUCCGCUGAUUCAUAUUUGGAACUCUUUGUGCCUGGGACAGACAUUAAGCUUCAGCUUAUUUUUAAGAAUCUCCGCUGUAUUAGUUUUUGGAUUUGAGAUGCAAAUCUUUUCUUUUUUUGGAUCAGCCACACAGAAAUAUCUUCAGCUGCUGCCUUAUAGAGUUAUUAUAGUUAGCCUUAGAGCCUUUUGCUUUGAAUUACUGAAACCCAGCUGCACAGCAACAAAAUCUUUUCAUUUAAAGUUGCAUUAAUGAAACUAGAAAGACACCAAGCUUAAUGCCCUGUCUUGUAUGCAAGACACAACAUUUCAUGGAAAUAAGGUCUGUGGUUUUUGACUAAUUCUGCUGCCAGACAAUCACAUGGCAACGAAAAUGUCUUUGUUGGUUUCUUUGUUUAUUUUCAGCAGGAUUACACAAAAACUGCUGAAUUGAUUUCCGCGAAUCUUGUUGGAAGGAUGAAAAAAUGGCAGAGAGACAACCCUUGACAUUUUUACACUUUCUAUAACAUUUUGAGAUCGAUUUCCGAGGGAAUAAUUCACGGAUCUACAGGGGUAGGCUUUUUUAUUUACCUCAACUAACGUACAGUAACUCAUUUUAUCAUGGGCUCCAUCUUUUUAGACGGGGCCCUGGUGGAGAAAUGCACUCUGAAACAUAACAUCGAUUUAACGUCACCUUAAUGCAAAGAAAUAUUCACUCUCCGCUCAGCUCUGUUGUGCUCAACCCCAAAGACAUUGAUCUGGUGGAUCAGCUGCUUGCUGCUCCAGUACUUUGACGAGAUAGUCGCUGACUUUGUCUCAGCUCUUUAAAAUCCUGGAAACAAGCUUGACAAGAGGAGACGGUGGCUCAGAACAGGUGUCAACAUUGGUUGAAUGCUCUGCUGAGCUGUAGCUGAAAGGCUGAUGAGUCUGUGCAGCUUCAUAAACCCAGGAGAACUUGCGUUCUAAUCAUCAAUGAAUUCAAUGUUUAUAUAAAGUUUUGAUCACUGCAGCUUUAAGGAUUUAGACGUCUGUAAAACCUAGUUUCUUCAUAUCUCAGUAUAGAAGUGAGUCCGAUUCAUUCUUAUGUAGUGCACUAGUGCUCAGUUGACUCAGUCAGGGUCUUGCUUUGUAGCUUUAAACCUGCAAUACUUGAAUCUAAUUAUUUAUAUUUCAAAUUAUACUCGACCAAUCGUGAAUUGCUUAAUAUAUUUUAUAUAUAUUUUAAUAGCCAAGCAAUAGGAAGUGCAAGUUGGUGUGAACGUUACUGCGAAACAACCCAGAUGCUUUGAUACAGCACCGCGACUUGAGUCUUAAAGAAAACUUUGUGUGCCUUUUGUUGUUUUGCCUUUUUCCUAUUAAAACAUGUGACGUCUUGUUUUGCCCCUUAUCGCUGCUGAGACGUCUCAGCAAACAGGAAGCUGCUAUUUAUGUUGCAGCAUGUCUCUGGCGUGACGUCUUGUUCCUGAGGAGUCAAUAAUGCAGUGAGUUUAGCCUUAAAGAGCGGAGGGGUCACCUCCGAGCAUCAUUUGUAAACAAUAUGAGUCAUUUCUUUGUAGAAGAAUAAAGAUUUUAAUUGUU